AUGUCUGAACUGUCCCUGCUGGACCACUACAAGCAAAACAGACCCGUGACGCGUGGACGGCUCGGGCAUCUUACUGCAUCCGAGACUGCCAAGCUCCAGCAGUUGUGGCAGAAGCUCAUAUGCGAGUUUGACGACAACAAAGAACCGCUGCCUGUGCGGUUUCCGCUCUUGCAGCAGCAAAACGACGAAUCCACCGACAUGGCCAGUCUAUCGAUGAACCCACUGGUCUCGCUCAGCAGCAAAGACAGCAAGCCUGUAAGCACACCGGCCAGUGGUGCGUCAACGCCGGUCCCGCUGGAUAUGAGCGAAGAGGCCGUGCGGCAGCGCACCGAGACCGUACAGCAGCACGUGCGGCGCACGCAGUCCCGGGACGUGCAGCCCGAGGGUUUUGUGCCAUUGCGGCGACGCAGGCAUUGGACCCCUGACGCGUAUGUGUUGCGGUUCCUCCGUGCGCGCAAGUGGGAUGUGGAUGCAGCGUUGGUAAUGCUGCUGAAGACUGUCGAGUGGCGCGUGGCGCAGGCUAUCGAUGAGGUGGCGUACUAUGGUGAGGCGGCGCUGCAUUACCAUACGAUGGAGUCUGGGCUGGCGUUCGCAUGCAUGACGGACCGCCUGCGAAACCCGGUCUAUGUGGUCCGCGUACGGGUGAACAUCGCGCGCAACCGGAACAUUCUGGCUAUCCGGCGGUUUCUGUGCUGGCAGAUCGAGUCAGCGCAGCUGCUGACAAGGCAGUCCGACGGCCGCGUCACGAUCCUGUUUGAUCUGACCGGCUUUUCCAAAGAAAACAUCGACAUCAAGCUGGUACGCACGCUUAUUAUGCUGCUGACAGCCUACUACCCGGAGACGCUGGGCAUUCUGAUUCUUCAUGUAAACUCGUGGGUAUUCUCGGGCAUCUGGCAGCUGAUCCAGCCGUUCAUCGACCCGGCCGUCAAGGAGAAGAUUGUAUUUGCCAAGGGCGCCGCUGACAUUGCCCAGUACAUCGACAUGGACGAACUGAUCGAAGAGGUCGGCGGCAACAAGCCCUUCGGUUACAAGUACGUGCCGCCGCAGAGCGACGAAAACAAGCGUAUGCAGGACAUGGAGAAUCGUAGGGUGUGUGAGGCGGCGCUCGAGCACGCAGUCAAUCGGUACGAAAGUGCCACGCGGGAGUGGGUCGAAACUGGGACUGCGCCUGAGGGACGCACGCAGGCCAGGGACGCAGUCCUAAAGGCGGCCUCAUCACUGGACCCGUAUGUGCGCGCACAUACGCUCUACCACCGCAUCGGCUUUGUGCAGCCCGACAGCACGGCAGAGCUUUAG